AUGCAGGAUCCCGGUGAGGACAACGCAGGUGGCCUGACAGGGAUUGACGACGGGGGCGAGGAUGGGCAGCAUAGGCCUCAAGCUGCGGAGGCCCAGGCCAGCUCUCAGAGUUUGGUGACUGAGGGUGACCACGACAACUCCUCUCCUGAGACUGGCCCACAAGAUGCUGGCAGACAGGCUGCUCCAGGCAGUUCCCGCCCAGGGAGCCCUGUGGUGUCAGGAGUGUCAGCUGAAGAGGCAGCCUUGGUUCCCCAGGAUGAGCAGGCGCCACUUCUCCCUGGACCCAGUGGAGAUGCUGCAGCUACUGCAAGUCGACUCCUGGAGUUCUCUGUAAGAGUGCCUUUCUCUUCUGCUGUGGAGGCAGCCAUGGCCCGCAGGUCCCUGGUCGCCAACGCCCAGCGUCAGCUCUUAAUGGUUCCGCAGGAGUUCACUGUGAAUGACAGUAUCUUAGCUGUUAGGUGGACUACAGAAGACCCUGUUCUCUUCCGCAUUUCCAUCAAUAACUUCCUUGAUCAACUCUCCCUGGUCAUGAGAAACAUUCAACACCUUCAGUUUGUGGCUUUUAAACGAAGAAGAGAAAGAAGUCAUAAUAACUGA